AUGCGAAGUACUCAGCUGAGUGAAAACUUAAAUUCUGAUUCCAAAGCAUGUAUGAAGCCUGGUGUUGACAUCAAGCAAUUCUUUGCUCACUUUGAACGGGUUGUUGAAGACAAGCGUUACAACGAGCUUAAGUGUGAGUAUGACUCUUGUCAUAAGUUAGCCAUGUUGCGAUAUGAGAUGUCACCAAUCCUAAUACAAAUGGCCAAGGUUUACACACAUACAGUGUAUAAUUUAUUUCAACAAGAGUUUGCUCAAUUUUUGGCAUGUUGCAUAUCAUUAAGGAUUAAAACUCCUCAUUUGAUUGAAUAUGUAAUUACUAAAGUCAAUCAACAAAGGUCAUGGACAGUAAUAUUUGAUAGUUCCUCAACUACUAUCAAUUGCUCUUGUAAAAAGUUUGAAACAAUGGGCAUACUUUGCUGUCAUGCUUUGAAAGUGUUUGAAGCCAAUGAUGUAAAGGCUAUUCCUGACAAAUACAUUCUAAAGAGAUGGACAAAAGAAGGUCAUUGUGGAAUUAUUCACAAUGUAAAAGGCAUACAAGUGGAAGAAGAUCAUAUACUUUCUACUACACGAAGAUACCGACAACUAGCAUAUAAAAUGAUUAGGUUAGUCUCUGAGGUUUCUAGUUCAGAAGAAUAUUGUCAAUUAGUGGAUGACAGUAUUAACACUUUAGCGGGCCACAUUGCAAAGCUUUACUUACAAACACAAGAUAAUGACAAGAAUAGGGAUGAUGGUGUAAAUAACAUCACCAAUCAGGGUACACAACCUAAGGGAUUCAAGCAACGACCAACCAUUAAGAGGAAAGGGUCUAAAAGAUUCAAAGGUUGGGUUAAAUUACAAACAAAAAGAAAGAAGAACAAAACUCCAACUUUAGGUCAAUCAGCAUCUAAGGAAUAUCAACCAAUGCUUUCAGAUUCAUUUGAAGUACAUUGUUCGGCGCCUCCAUGUUAUGAUCCCCCUCAAACAUUAGUCACUCAAUUAAGUUUUACGGAUUUGUUAACAGGAUAA